UUCGGGGCGGGAGAGCGGCGGGGGCCGGGCCAAGGCAGCGCCGCUGUCGCCCCGGCACUGGGCGCUCGCUCGCACCGCAGGCAGCGCCGCCCGCCCGUGGCCCCGGAGGUGCCGCGAGAUGGAUUUGCUCUUAAGUAAAGCUGUGCAAAAACUGCGAAGUGCUGCAUCAGAGCUUUUGAAUUUGGACCACUUCCAGUCCUGACAUUCAAAAACUCAUCCCUAUGGGUGGCAAAGACAAACAGGCUGGAUGCCAAGGAGGAAGCAUGGUAAAGGCAGCAUCUUUCCAGGAUUCAUGGGCUCUUUGAGAGAUGAUCAGAGGGAGGCCAGAUGACCUGCACAACACACACACCACUGUUUCUCGUCUGCAAAGGCAGCAUCGGAGCGUUCUCCCCAGCCCCGCGCCGCCCGGCUUGCCCGAUCGUUUCCGGAUGUUUCGCAGCUGUGAGUGGGAAGUCCUGGAGCGAUCCCUCAAUAUCCUCCAGGCCAGCGACUUCUACUGGGGCCCCUUGUCCGUGGGGGAGGCUCACGCCAAGCUCCAGCGGGAGCCUGUAGGCACCUACUUGGUGCGGGACAGCUCGCAGGGGAACUGCUUGUUCAGCCUGAGCGUGCGGAUGCCCACGGGGCCCGUCAGCCUUCGAAUCUCUUUCCAGGAGGGCUAUUUCCGCCUCAAGAACUGGUUUUCAGACUGUGUGGUCCGGCUGCUGGAGCUGGUGGUGGCAGGGACCCGGAACAACCCCUUGCACUUUGAUGAGAUGGGGGGAACUCCCCUGGUCUUCUCUGAGCCCUUGUGCCGGAGCCGCCGGGCAGUGCCCACGCUGAGGGAGUUGUGCUGCCGGAGCCUCCCUGCUGGUGCCGUGACGGAGGACAGAGCAGGGCUGGGGGGCUCCUUGGGAAUGUGUCUGAGGGAAGAGGUGUUCUCACCCCUGGACAGAAGGGGAGGGUCAGAGGGGAGAAUUGGUCCCAGCCCCUCUCUGUCCUGGGCUAGGAGAUGAUGCCAUG